GAGACACAGAGACCCACCACAAGCCCACAACGCUUCUCUCCUUCUCCCUCUGUUUUCUCUUCUUUACUUCUUUCUCUGAUAAAACUGUCACCAACCCCCUUCCAUUUCUCUCUCCCUCUCUCUCACACUUUCUCUCUUUCCCUGCUUUUUUAUUUUAUUUUUCCUGUCAUUCUUGUUCUUCUUGUUCUUCUUUCUCCCUUGCAAAUAUACGUAUGAUACAAUAAUUCUUAAGCGUUGAAGGCAUAGUUGCUUGAAGAGCUGAAACGUAUCAUCGCCUUGAUCGUUUGAAUCUAUGGAACAGCUUGUCAACUUCAUCAUCCGGCCACCAAGAGCUGAAUAUGACCCCAAAAGUGAUUUAUUGGAGCAGGAGUUCAUGCUGAAAGGGAAAUGGUAUCAACGGAAGGAUGUAGAGAUAAAAAACAGUCGGGGUGAUGUUCUUCAAUGCAGCCAUUACAUGCCGAUAGUCAGUCCUGAAGGAAAGCCCCUGCCUUGUGUUAUAUAUUGUCAUGGAAACAGUGGAUGCAGGGCUGAUGCUAGUGAAGCUGCUAUAAUUUUACUUCCCUCAAAUAUUACAGUUUUUACUCUGGAUUUCUCGGGAUCGGGAAUUUCUGGAGGGGAGCAUGUUACUCUUGGCUGGAAUGAAAAGGAUGAUCUGAAGGCUGUUGUCAACUAUCUGCGUGAUGAUGGAAAUGUCUCUUUGAUUGGCUUGUGGGGUCGGUCAAUGGGAGCUGUAACAAGCCUUAUGUAUGGAGCUGAGGAUCCUUCAAUUGCAGGGAUGGUUUUAGACAGUCCCUUUUCUGAUUUGGUUGAUUUGAUGAUGGAACUUGUAGAUACAUAUAAAAUUCGUCUUCCGAAGUUCACUGUGAAGUUUGCGAUCCAGUACAUGCGAAGAGCUAUUCAAAAGAAGGCAAAAUUUGAUAUAACGGACCUCAAUACCAUUAAGGUGGCGAAAUCUUGUUUUGUUCCAGCUUUACUUGGGCAUGCCAUUGAGGAUGAUUUUAUACAGCCCCAUCACUCUGAUCGGAUAUUUGAGGCUUACAUGGGAGACAAAAACAUAAUUAAAUUUGAGGGAGAUCACAAUUCUCCACGUCCUCAGUUUUACUUUGAUUCCAUAAACAUUUUUUUUCACAAUGUUUUGCAACCUCCGGAAGAUGAGGUUGGGGAAUCAUUUUUUGACCCUGUGAAUGAUUACUUUGGUAAGGAUGUUUGGAGAUCUAUGCAUGAAUUAGGCUACAACAUUGAAUCAUCAUCAAGAAACAAAGAUGCAGAACCUUCAGCAAGCAGUACGAUAAAUGCCAUUGAGCAGGUUCGUUCAAGACGACCAAUGAGUAGAAUGGAGGUUCCAUCUGAUAUUUCUUCAAAAGAUGAACGUCAUGAACACGAGCAGGAAAAGGGCGGUGAUCAUUCUCCAUCACCAUCAUCAAUGAUUAGCUUUGAAUUGUCAAAUGGUGAUCCUUUUGGACCCCAUGUUCCAGCCGCAUUGGAAGAUGAUCAAUACGUUGAAUAUCAACUGGAUGACCUUGCAGGUUUUCCAUCUACUUCUGAGGAGGAGGAAAGAAUGUUCAAGGAAGCAGUGAUGGAGUCACUGAAGGACCUGGAAGUACGAAAUUCAAAUGCCGAACAACCAACAAGUAGCGUUAGCACUGUGUCUGUAGCGGCUAUAGAGCCGUCAGAUAAAGAUGCUUCCUCACAAGAGAAUUCAAGAUCUAUGGAGACAGAAUCUUCCUCACUCAAACACAGCACAGAUUCAACAAAAUCUAAAACCACUUCCUCUGCUUCAGAAGAAUGUGAGACAUUAGAAGGCGAGUCAUAUUCCAUUUCAGCAAACCAUUCUCAAAAUGUGGUUUCCAAACCAAGUCCUGUGCCAAGUCUUUCAUCAGAAAAGUUGCAGUCACAGUCACAGCCGCCAACACUGCCGCCAGCAUCAACAGGCACAUCAUCAGUAAUUGAGUCCAGCAACACAAGUGAUUCUGCUCAUAGCAGCAGUUCUGGUAGUUUGAAAAGUUCAUCAGAGACUGACAUAUCACACAAUACAAAAGCCACAGUAACUGUUGUCAGGAAUCCCCCAGGCCAUGCCAUGGACGGCUUAAUGCGUCGUUGGGAUUUCAAUUUUUUCAAAAACAAAUAGCCACAGCCAUUAUGAUCAGAUGAUUGAUUCUCAUUUAUACGUUGUUUCUGUAACUAAAAAAAUUCAUAGUUUGUACCAAAGAAAUAGGUGCUCGUGUGUAAAUUUGUUAUGUUUAGAUUCUCAACUAACAAAUCAAACAAUAUUCUUUGACUGUAAGUGAGAUUUGUCAUAUUUUGCUGCCUAUGACUUUAAAUGGGAAACAUUCUCUCCAUUGUACUCA